AUGAAGUUCGCACUCCUCGCAUUCACUGUGGCCGUCGUUGCCUUUGAUCAAGACCAAAUUGUCCCACCCACAGUCGACGGUUUCGAAAUCCUCGGGGGCCAGGAAGCCCAAUUCGGCAAGCACCGUUAUGUGACUGGGCUCAAAGCGUCGCCCAAUGGUACGACCGUGUGCGGCGGCAGCCUGAUCGCCCCCAAUGUCGUUUUGACAGCGGCGCAUUGUUUGCGUGGUAAACUACUUUCUGCGGUCGUGGGCACACACUAUUUAACCGGUUUUGACGACGGGGAACUGGCCAAAGUCGCCGAGGAAAUCAAACACCCCAAUCGUCAUGUCGACGUGGGCGUCGCACUCUUGAACCGCAACAUCUUGAACAUCCAACCUGUGGCGGUGUCGUUUGAAUUCGUUGAGGCGGACGUGCUCACUUGGGUACGCGGCUGGGGAUUCGUCAAGAACGAUGGCCCCCAAUCGAACGUGCUCAAGGAGCUCAGCCUCAGGACCUGGAACAACACCAGGGCUUCGGCUGCGUUGUUCUCCGACAAACUGACCGAUGAGAUGUUGGGUGCUGGAGGGGUAAAAGGAGAAGACUCGUGUCGCAGCGACUCGGGGGGGCCGAUGACCAUCGAAGAAAACGGUACCGUGCGCUUGGUGGGGGUGAACAGCUGGGGCAUUGAAUGUGGUGCGCUCGACAAGCCAGGUAUCUAUGCACGCGUCAGCGCUGCUCGUGACUUCAUUGAACGGUUCUUGGAGAACUAA